CGCCAUGUGGGCCCCAGAGCCGCGGCGGGCGACGCUGGCGGGGCUUGGGCCAUGGACGCCCAUGGCGAGGCCCAUGGCGAGGUCCAUGAAGAGGCCAGGGGGCUGUGUGGCCUGAUUUCGCUGAUCGCCUGCGUCAAGAUCGCGGCGAGCUAUGACCUGGCCCUCGGCCUUCUGACGGCGCUCUCGGCCUUGGUAGGCAACGACAUCGACAAGUCGGGCCCGGUGUCCAAGCUGCCGCCCGCCGAGCUGAGGGAGCUGCUCACGGCCAGGCGUCUGGAGCAAUGGCUGUACAUGUUUGGCAUGGUGAUCGGCUUCCAGGCACUCCAGGGCAUUCAGAGGGGCGAGCCUUUGAGAAUAAAGGCACUCGGCCUCUACCACCUGCUGCGGAUGGCGAUGUGUUUGCCAUGGCUCCUGAUGUUUGAGGCGGUGGCGUGCGACGUGCUCCGCCUCGAGCCCGCGAAGGACAGGCCGACGUGCCAGUCGGUGCGCGACUUGUUGUUGGAGCAGUCCGUCCUGACCAUGUUGACCCAUGUCUGGGUGGCCUCCCUCUCGCGGAGCCUGGCGCUAAAGAUGCAGGCUGUCCCCCAGAUGCUCGAGGAUGGCGUCGUGGUGCACCCGGCGAGCCCGGCCCUGCAGGCGCUGCAGUCGCCCCUGCUGGCGCACGCAGACCAGAGAGUCGCAGUCGCAGAACGUCCACCAUUGCAGCGCCUCAGGCACUCCGCGGAGCCCGCGCGGGUAAAGUACGCACCCUUUACAGGCACCCCGCUCCGCCUCGACUGA